ACUGGGGACUGGUGCAUACUCCAGAUACAACUUGCGGGGAAGCAUCUGCUUCUUCUGAACAAGAUCUGAAAAUCUGUAUAUAUCCCCACCUCCAUUUUUAUCCUUUUUGAUUCCAUACUUCAAUCACAUUCUUCCUUUAAAGCUGAAGUGAAUCUAAAGUACAAAUCCAUCGUCUUUUCUUCAAACAAAGCUUCAUUGCAACAUCACCCUGUUUCACUUGUACCCACCAUUGAUUCAGACAAGAUGAAGCAAUCGGGUAUGACGACGACAUUGAUGAUAUUCAUCGUCAUAGCAAUGGCAGAAAUUAUCAGUGGAGAAGACCCUUAUAGAUUCUUCACCUGGAAUGUUACUUAUGGUGACAUCUACCCUCUUGGAGUUAAACAACAGGGGAUUUUGAUAAACGGACAAUUUCCAGGGCCACAAAUCGAUUCAGUGACUAAUGACAAUGUGAUUGUUAGUAUCUACAACAGCUUGGAUGAACCAUUCCUCAUUACCUGGAACGGGAUACAACAGAGAAGGAAUUCAUGGCAGGAUGGAGUUUAUGGCACGAAUUGCCCCAUUCCACCUGGUCAAAACUUCACCUACAUUCUUCAAGUAAAGGAUCAAAUCGGUAGCUUCUUCUACUUCCCUUCCCUUGCUUUUCAUCGAGCUGCCGGAGGCUUCGGUGGCAUCACCGUCUCCAGCCGUCCAAUGAUCCCGGUUCCAUUCCCGCCACCCGCCGGAGAUUUCACCAUUCUCGCCGGUGACUGGUUCAAGCAAAACCACACUGAUUUGAAAGCAAUUCUAGACGGAGGCCAUGAUCUUCCAUUCCCAGAUGGGCUUCUCAUCAAUGGCCGUGGAUCUAAUGGAUUUACAUUCACAGUUGAUCAAGGGAAAACUUACAGAUUGAGGAUUUCAAACGUGGGGCUUACAACAUCGAUCAAUUUCAGAAUCCAAGGGCAUAAGAUGCUGUUAGUUGAGGUCGAAGGGACUCAUACUCUUCAGAACACAUACUCUUCUCUUGAUAUUCAUCUAGGCCAGUCGUACUCCGUUUUGGUCAUCGCCGAUCAACCACCGCAGGACUACUACAUGGUCGUUUCAACCCGAUUCACCUCUCAAGUCCUCUCCGCAACCUCCAUUCUUCAUUACAGCAACUCUCCGGGAACUUUUCCGGCUCCCCCACCUGGUGGCCCAACCAUUCAAAUCGACUGGUCUCUAAAUCAAGCUCGAUCUAUCAGGCAAAACUUGACGGCGAGUGGACCGAGGCCAAACCCACAAGGCUCCUACCAUUACGGAAUGGUUAACUUCACUCGAACGAUCAGGCUCGCGAACUCUGCUCCGAUCAUCAAUGGAAAACAGAGGUACGCCGUCAACAGCGUCUCUUUUAUUCCGGCGGACACCCCUCUCAAGAUCGCUGAUUACUUCAAGAUCUCUGGUGUGUUUUCCAUUGGAACGAUCUCCGAUAGCCCCACCGGUGGUGGUGGUUACCUCCAGACUUCCGUCAUGGCUGCUGAUUUCAGAGCGUUUGCUGAGAUUGUGUUUGAGAAUUCGGAAGAUACUGUACAAUCAUGGCACAUUGAUGGCCACUUCUUCUUCGUUGUCGGGAUGGAUGGAGGUCCAUGGUCAUCUGACAGCAGAACAAGUUACAAUUUAAGAGAUGGGAUUUCUCGCUCUACAGUUCAGGUUUAUCCGCAUUCGUGGACUGCCUUGUAUGUGCCAAUGGACAACGUGGGAAUGUGGAACAUAAGGUCUCAAAAUUGGGCUCGACAGUAUUUAGGUCAACAAUUUUAUCUUCGGGUUUAUUCACCUGUUAAUUCAUGGAGAGACGAAUACCCGAUCCCGAAGAACGCGAUUACUUGUGGGCGUGCAAGCGGUCGCAAGACUCGUCCUUUGUAAUUUUAGUAACACGACAUAGGAACCGUCACGAAAGGGUGGCUAGUUCUGUAUUGAGGAUUUAAAUUAAUUUUCAUGAUAUUGAUAUUUUGUUUUUGUAAUUUUAUCAAAAAAUUGAUGUUUUAGUGUUGCAUGA